GGAAUACAGUCGGCGGUGUUUCGGCAAUUUAUAUAGCACUGUGACUCUCUCCGCCCGUACAUCGUUUCCAUACUUCUAACAGCGACUAUCGACUCUCGGUGAAAGCCCUCUGGCGCUAAAAUGGCAGUUUAAAGGCGUGCAGCGGCUAUCCUUGCAGCGGCAACAACCUGGCAGUGCAAAGGCUAAGUGCACUGGCUAUUUCUGGCAAAAUGGCGUCUCUCUCGGCAACCACCUACAGCUUUGCUGCCGUCGACAGCAGUACGGAACCCCUCGACUUGCUAACGUCAUCAGACUCUCCUUUGUUUUCGUUCACCCUUUCACGCCUAACAUUGACCAGCAGCAGCCAUGACACUCGAGCUGGCAUUGGAGGACGUGGAGGCCCUGUACUUAGGGCCCUCGUUUUUGAUGGCUGACCCCAUGGGGCCCCUUCUGGACCAGGAUGAAGAAGAAGCUCUUUCUCCAUCCACCUCUCUAGAGGGGAAGGCGCCAGCUUCGCCCCCCCUCUCUUUCUCCUCCCCGUCUCCCUACCAGACCUUGUCGUCCUCCCCAUUUUCUUCUGCCUCCCCUCCUCCCUCUCCUCCUCCUCCUCCCCCCACCCAAUCCUCCUUGUUCCUGGGAACCAAGGCCGGAGUGGACUCCCUGUCCCUCCCCUGGCUGGGUGCCAGCGACCUGCUCAACACCCACGUUAGAGCAGACGAUGGCAACGCAGAUGAUGCUUUUGCGGGCAUGGACUGGAUGUCGGAGAAAAUCGACCUGAGUGAAUUUGACCUGGAGUCCCUCAUUGGCUCAUGCUCAUCCGAUGAGUCUCCCACCUCCCCUAAGGAUCUCCUGGCCUCCCUGGACUCCCACAUGGAUCUGGAUCUAGACUCCUUCGGCACAAGCAUCCACGCCCAGCACGAGAGCCUGGAGCUGGGUCUGUCACUGCCCAGCAUCCCCCCGCUCCCUCUGGAGCUCUCUCUCCCUGGAGCGGGUGAGGCCAAGAAGACCGAGGUGGCUCCGGAUCAAGAGUUUAUUCUGAAAUCUGAGCCUCCCUCUCCGGCUCCCUCUCCAACCUACACGUUGGAGCUGGGCAGUGAAGUGGAUGUCCUGGAUGCAGAGAAAACAGCCACAUCCCUCACAGCCACCAUCAUUCCAGAUCCCAAUGGAAGCUAUCAUACCACCAACCCCAUUGUGCUCUCUAUUCCCACCUCUGGCCACUUUGUUGUGGUGCUCACCAGCAAAGAUGAGCCCUCCCUUGUAUCUCUCCCUGACCAGUCCGUUAAAACAUCUCCUCCAUCAAGCGACUGCGACAGUGACUCUGGCAUCGAGUCCGUUGCCGGCUCACCUGCCCGCCUCCCAUGUCCUCCUCCUGCCCCCUCUCCAGCAGCUGGCUCCUCCAGGACCAAACCCUACUCCAAACCAGAGCCCUGUGACGCUUCCUCCCCCUCGGCCAAGACCUCCAGGGUCAAAUCGGUGUCUGGUGCUCCCAAGGUGGAGAAGAAACUGAAGAAGAUGGAGCAGAACAAGACGGCAGCCACUCGCUACAGACAGAAGAAGAGGGUAGAAAAGGACCUGCUUCAAGUCGAGUGCGACGAGCUUGAGAAGAGGAACCAUGAGUUGGCGGAGAAGGCAGACUCCAUCAGCCGAGAGAUUCAGUAUCUCAAGGACCUGAUGGAGGAGGUUCGUAAGCGGCGCGUCAAGACCAGUUCAGUGGCUUCGUAACCAGAAUGUGUAGCGCCGUUUCUGCUCCAACACUCGCAUGCCACAAAAAAACACCACUUUGAAUUACAAGUAUGUUUUAAGAGAUUAACAAAAAAAAAGGCAUGCUAGGGUGGAUGUAUGAAACUCGCUACAGAAAAGAGGGAAUUGCUAGAUGAAAGCGAAAAGACUCUGGAAGUUGAUGAUUGUUAGUGUAGAGCAGGGGGCUGGGAGGUAGUCAGGUGAAGCAUCUGUACAUGCUUGUCUCUCAGUCCCCUGUUAGAUCCCCAAAAUGUACUCUCUGUCUUACUAGCAGUACUUGGGCAAACAGGCAGGGUGUAUAUUUGUAUGUGUAGACUAGGCAUGCGAAACAUGAGUCAACAUUCAGUAGCUCCCGGUAGUGUUAGACUUUGAAAAGAGAUUUCGUCACACUCAAAGCAUCAAUCAACAGCCAGACCCCAACUCAGUGUCAAUAAAAUGACCCCUGUGUCAGUAAAGUGAGAUACCACUUCUACCUUGUUACCCACUCCUUUUUAAACCCAGUGUCACCCCAUUUCCACUAUCCUCUUUAACAGCUUCAAGUCCAGAAAGGGGCCUCAACCUAUUUAUGAAUUCUUGAUGUUACACUGUCAACUUGGAUUUAUUUUUUUGGUUAUGUAGUUCUCUCCUCCUUUUGCUUGCAGAUAUUAGAUAUUGUUAUUUAAUACUGGAUAACACCUGACCAUGUCUUGAGUAGCUCAGUCUCUUAGCACAGCUGUAUGGCUUGUAAAAAUGCUUGCUCUUCUUUUUCUAAUAAAUAUCUAUCAGAACUCA